AUGGACGCCGCCGGUUUAGAUAACAAUGGCCGCGAAUACUCCACCGCCGACGAGAUGUGGAGGGAACAAACCGGCGACCUUAACAAGAAAACCCUCUGGUACCGUGAAGGCGUUUCCUACUGGGAGGGUGUUAAUGCAACUGUGGAUGGAGUAUUGGGAGGGUUUUCAGAUGUGAAUGAGCCUGAUAUUAGUUGCAGUGAUGAUUUCUUGAAGAAUCUCUUGUCGGAGCGUUUUCCUUCUUCUGAUGUUAUAAAUCAACCACUCGUUGCUCUCGAUUGUGGUUCUGGCAUUGGUAGGGUUACCAAGAAUCUAUUAAUAAGAUACUUCAAUGAGGUUGAUCUUCUUGAGCCUGUAUCACAUUUCUUAGAGGCUGCACGUGAAACAUUGACCUCUGGAGCUUAUGCAAAUUCAGAUAUGCACAAAGCAGUUAAUUUUUAUUGUGUGCCUCUUCAGGAUUUUACACCAGAUGUUGGAAGAUAUGACGUAAUAUGGAUUCAAUGGUGUAUUGGUCAUCUCACAGAUGAUGAUUUUAUUACAUUUUUCAAGAGGGCAAAGGUCGGCCUUAAACCAGGGGGACUAUUUGUCCUGAAGGAGAAUAUUUCCAAAUCUGGAUUUGUGCUUGAUAAUGAUGACAGAAGCAUUACAAGGUCCGAUUCAUAUUUCAGAGAACUCUUCUCUAGAUGUGGCUUGCAUAUUUACAAAGUAAAGGAUCAGAAAGGAUUCCCGGAUGGAUUAUUUGCUGUGAAGAUAUAUGCAUUAGUUACAGAAGCUCCAAAGAAGGUGCAUCGCACUAGAUCUAAAACACUAUCUAAUAGACCUAGGAAAAUCAUGUGA